CUGAUUCGCGAACUCGACAACCAAUAAUGAGUCGGCGACAAAUGAUACGUCAUUCGCGGAACUCAUGUCUCCUAUAAUGAGAUAACUUCUAUCUUGUGCAAGUCGCAGCACAAGACACGGCCCAGACGCGACAGCACUCUUAAUAACUUUCAGGUAUUUACGAGGUAACGAGUCUCUGAAGCAGGUACUCUUAUCCCCGUGUGAUGGAAGAAAUAAGUGUCCAGGUCAGCGAGUUGAAAGGAGGCAGACAAGAAGACUCACUGGCAAAGCUAUCUGAUGAUCACGCCAAACCCAGAGAACAGCAUGAAGCGGUCACCACCUUACACGAUGGCACCAGAAUUUCCAAACCUUCGCGAGUGAUGCAAGCGCUGCCGAACCCUGGCGUCUCGAAAGACGACGAGGAGUACUUCAUGCGCAAUACUAAGCGUGGUUUGGCUCUCGUCUUCAACCAUUAUGAGUUCGAAGUCCGUGAGUACAAAGACGGCGAGUUGUACAGGCCGCCGAGAAGAGAAGGAACCAGCCGAGACAGAGACGAAGUCUUGAAGACUUUUAGCAAACUCGGCUUCAAAGUCAUACCUCUCGACGAUAAGCGUUGCAAGGAAAUAAUAGAAAUACUGGCAAAAGUGGCUCAACAGGACCACAGCGAGCACGACUGCCUGGCGGUGAUCGUGCUGACGCACGGCGAGCGCGGCGGCAGGCUGGAUGCGAAGGACAGGGAGUACGACGCCAGGACGCUGUGGGAGCCCUUCAUAGCCACCAGCUGUCCCACUCUCGCUGGCAAGCCCAAGCUCUUCUUCAUUCAGGCGUGCAAAGGUCGAACCAGGGACCCUGGCGCCAUUGUCCGAAACUGCAUCGGUGACUCAACAGAUGCUGCUGCAGUUAUCCCAGCCAGCUUCCAGGUGCCAUCGUUCGCUGACUUCCUCAUCGCCUACUCCACAUUCGAAGGUCUGUACUCCUUCCGCCAUCCCACUAAAGGCUCGUGGUUCAUCCAGACGCUGUGUACUCGCUUGGGAAAGCACGCGGGCGACAAGGACGUUGUGUCGCUGCUAACCGACGUGAACCGCAUCGUGGGCCAGGAGUUCCGCUCCAGCGACCCGUCCGAGCCGUGUAUGGACGGCUUGGUGCAGGGCCCCUGCUUCAUCUCCUCCCUCACACGCCGGGUACACCUGUGGCCGCCUGUUGCAGCUGCCCCGGACGCCUUGCCUAAUGUGGAAUAACUCCAACUUCCAUCUUUUCUUUCAUCUGAUUUUCUUGGAACUAAGUCUUUAACUUAAAUAAAACCUUCUGAUUAUA